AUGUUCAACGUGGAGGCUGCAGUGUACGCUAGCAGCACUGCUGCGAGGAAUAUGGCUAUGAAACACGCAGCGUAUUCGAUACAAGGCCCGACAGAGAAGAGCAUAAGAGAGCUAGAUGACGGCAAGUGCCAAGUAGCAAGAAUGGCAAGUCGCAGUGCUGGCAUCGAAAUUCGUUAUACUGAUGAGAAGUUCCGACUGCCUUUACCGCCACCACCGUUAGCACCCCCGGUGGACCCCACUGAGAGGAUGUGGACGGCUACUAAGGAGAAGGUGGCUGCUAAAGAGACGAUUGAAACGGACCUGAUGCUUGACCGCUAUGGCCCGGGCCUGCCGGCCGACAGAAUGUUUCAUGGUGACUUGAAGCAGCACUUUACAGAUCUGUCAGCGCUUUGUAAGGACGAGCUCAAUCGACUACUCAAGUACACAGUAUACAGUACUGCUCUGAACAACCUGGGUGAUAAUCCAGAGGUAGAGCAAGCUGUUGUGAAGAGUAUCAGGGCUGCCCUUGCUUCGAUGCUGGGGAGACUAGAAGACUACUCCAAGGUUAUCAUUGACAGGGCCUUUGACACUCUUCCACCUGCUGGCACCAACCUGGAAACAGAAGUGUUCAAGUCCAGACUGCUAUCGGUUCAGUUAGACACAUGUGUACGGAGUCACGAAACACUACAGGGCAAGCUGGAAGAUGCACUAUGGCGACUAACGAAUCAGGCCCUUAGCUUUCGGCACCUCCGGAUGUCGUAUCAGCGAGAUAUGCAUCUGAUGCGGUCUAAGCUGAAAGGCCUCGUUAUUGAAGUUGAGGACCAUUUGCGCUUUAGAGAGAGUUCAAGCACCAGUGCUCAAAGACUAUUAAAAAGCACGCGAGAAGUAGAGGAUCUGAUCAGCAAAGUUUCCAAAUCGGAUACUGACGUGAAUAUUUUCGUGGGGGAUAUCUACAUGGAAGAGGAGAUUAGGCAACAGCUACGACAGAAGGAAGAGGAGAUGAAGGCCCUUUUCGGUGUUGAGAGGGGCCGCUUUGAAAUGAAAGUGAAAACACUUCUCUUGGAAAACCGCACAUACCGAACCAGGGCUGAGGAGCUCAGUGACAAGAACGAUAUACUGAAUAUGAAAAUAAAGCAUCUAGAGACGCAAAUCGAGCAGCUGGGGGGAGGCCAGGGCGGAGGCAAUGCUGGUGGUCUCACUAGAGGUGUUAUCUCCCUCCAGGGCAUGCUUGGUGAUUCCAAAGAUAACGGCAAUGCGGCUUCUGUGAACCCCGCGGCAGCUCCAGAAACGUUAGUGGAAAGUAUGAGUACGCAAGAUGAGGAGCUCGUCGCUGUUAGCCGCAGUGAGCUCAAUAACGUCCAAGCAGCUUUCCAGAAGCUCAAACGUCAAUCCAGACUAUAUGCUGAUCUCGUGGCUCAGUCAAAAACGAGGCUCAUGCAGGGAAUCGCCUUAGUAGAGAAAAAUAGCAAAGCCCUCAUUCCAGCGAGCUCGCGUCGAAGCAUCUCGGUAACUGGAGGGAACCGCAAUCGUCGGACAAGCAGCCGGAUGAGCCAGCAUAAACAUGAUCCCAAUUCCAACUUCGCCAUAGUAGAAAGGAUACUCGCCGAAUGCGCAGAUGAGUUCAAGUCACUCCUUGAGGAGAUCGAUAUGGAGGAUGAGGCAUGUGCGACGGCUACUGGUGUGAAGCCGAAGCCUAUGAGCUUCACCAAGGCUGAUGAGCUAAAACAGGAAGUCUCAGUGCUCACUACUGCCAACCAGGUGCUACAACGACGACUGGCAGAACAAGGCAAGACACAAGACGAGGCGGUGACCGGAAGGGAUGAGGCGGCGGCUAGACUCGUCAAAGUGGAGGUAUCGCCAUCGGGGGAGCUACUCCUCCCCGACUAUGCUGAUCAGGCUGAGCUUGAGGCGCGUACAGAGCAACUGAACAUGCUGAAGUAUCAGAUGAAGGAAAAGGAACAGAGUCGAGCUGAAGCCGAGCAGAAAAAGAAAAAGGCCGAGGCUGCUGCUGAGAAGGCUCGAGCGGAGGAAAUACAUGAGCAGGAACGCUCUAGGUAUGCAAUUGACUCGGCGAGGAGGAAGACUAUGCUAGCUGAGCGAGAUAGGAGGAUUAGUUACCAGGAGAACGAGAUUCAGAGGCUUCACGAUAAGAUGGGCUCUCAAGAGCAACGGUUAGGUGAGUUGAAGAGCGAACGGAAAGAGCUGGCAAACUCACUGAAACACACCCGGACGCAGCUUCGACAAGCCCAUGAGCAAGCCAAGCCUAAGAUGAAAGUGAUGGGCAGAGAGAAAGCAUUGAUGAGAGCUCAUACGAGUGCUGUUGAUGAACCAGCGUCUGGUGUGCGGCACCCGGUCGGCCAGCAGAUAGAGUUAUUGAGGAAUAUGUGUUCCUUGCUGGGCCUGCCUGAAAUCGUGGACGAGUUCCAAUUACAGGACAUCUUUACUUCCGGUCUGAAUGUAUCCGAGGUAGCAGCACGGAUAAGCUCUAGAUUGGAGGAUAAGAUCAAGAGGAGCACCGAGGCCCGCUGGAUGAAGAAGUUCCAAGAACUUGAGGUUCAGAGUGCUACGUCUUACAAUGCCAGGUUGAAGCGAGAGAGAGGUAUCGUAUGGCGAUCACAGAUAAGGACUCAUUCAAUUCAUGGCGCUCGAGAGCUGGAGGAGGUUAUGGACAAGAACCUGGCUGAGUCGAGAUUCAACAGGACACGAACGGGUCGAUUGAGGAAAAUGCCUCGCAACGACGGUCGGAUGAGAAGUAAUCUGCAGACGAUGUCAGAGCCGAGCUCAUCUGAGGGAGAGGAAGAGGAGGAGAAGGAUGUGUUCUUCAACCGUGCUGACUUCGGUAGCAAAUACGGUCGGCUUACGGACUAUGUGCAGGCGAGAGCAAUCACUUGGCAGACAACGAUGAGGGCUCAAGGAGAUGCGCACGAGAGAAUUGAGUCGCGGCAGCAUGCGGUGAAGAGGAUGGACAGUAUGGAAGUGCAGUUCUUAAAGGACCAACAGAAGUCACUCGAGGUGAAGAUGGAGGGCAUGAGGUUUGAUAUCGAACUGAAAGACUACGAGCUGAGGAAGAUCAGAGAGGCUUGGAUUAACGCCAACGACUCUCGUUUGAUUUAUAAGAAUGCUUACGAUUUGGAACUUCGCUCACGAGCCGGUGGGCGGGGACUCCAAGGCACAGAUGAGGAACAAGAGCAGGCAGCGAAAAAGGCAGUGGUGGAAGCCAUGCAGGCCGAUGAGGAGUUCUCUCUUAUAGUCGCUGAGCGUGCUGUUAUGGCGAGGAAGCGUAUGAUAGAGCUGUCGGAUGAGGUGGAGAAAGAGGCCACUCAGCUGGCCAAUAAAAGGCAUUCUAUUAGAAAAAUAGGAAAGGCGCUCAAGACCGAAGAUGAUUACGGCUGGGCCGACUUUGACUUUGCUGCUACCCUUGAAGAGGACCAGGCCGUCAUCGCUGGCAUUGACGCUGCUCUUGCUGCUGCUACUGGGAGCGAGAUCGGUGAUGAUGAUGAUAACAAAAGGUGGCACGAGGAGCUCAAGGCUGAGGUGCUUACUGUACUCGAACAAGACCGGGUAGCAAAAUACGGAGAGAAGAUCGGGAGGCUAGCCUUCACAGCAUCCUCCUCCUCGUCCUCGGCCUCCUCAAGUGACUCAUCUUCGGAAGAAGAGGAGGACCCUUACGACCGAGCCAUGGCACAUACGUCUAAACGUGAUGCCCCACUGGUCACAGACGCCGCAGUGAGAAGAGUCACCAAGCUAAUGCGAGGACUCAAGUCUGGACCGAAGCAUGCAUUCUGGGAGGACGCAGGAGCUCGAGAGCAACAGAGGAAGUCUGUUGAUGCGGGAAAGCGUCGUGGGAGCGGUGACCAGCGGCGGGACUCUAAGAUGCUGAUGGAGUUCGAGAGGCUACAGCAAGAGGCCUUAAGAGGGGACGACUCCAGCGAAGGUUCGGAUAGUCUCCGAAGACCGCCACUCAUUACGGCCACGACCUCCAUGCCCUCGAGGGAAAGGUGGGAGACGGCUGAGCAAUUCAAGGAGCCCAGGAUUGAACAAGAAUGGCCACGACCAGUCCAGAUGGGAACCGGAGCGGCGAUAUCAGUAGAGUCCAAAGGCACAGAGGAGUGGGAGGAGAGGAUGGAGAAGAUGGUUCGCCAAAUAAACGAGCCUGACGAUGAAAUAGAGCCACGAACAGAAGGCAAGGGGGAGUCGUUGAAGAAGGGACGAGGGAGGAGGCAGCCGGCAUCUGGACAUGCCUCACAUGGCCAAUCGUCUCUCCCUGUUACAUCGAGAAAGACCUCUUUCCAAAAGAUCCUACCUGACGAGGAUCUAGAAGGCCAAGGUCAACAGCGGAGGUUACCGGAAUCAAAGGGGAGGAGGCCCGUACCAGCAUUGACUCACGUACGAAGAAAUGUGAAGAUAGCAGGAACAGGCUCAAGUGGUGAAGAGGAAGAGGACCGCACUCAAUCGUCUCUGCGGCCACAACCACCUCCAGUGAGGGGAUCAGGAGGUACAGGGCCUGGUCAGUCGAUCUCAGCAGCAGAUCCAGCCGAGAGGAGACCUCUGAGUUCAUCUUCGAAGCAGCAAGGAGUAUCACUGCCGAGUCGUGGAGCUCAGGAGGACCAGGCACGAGCACACGCCGACAGUCGUAGGAUGGAGACGAGGCGUGAAAUUGAAGGGAGUCCAGAGACCCAUAGAAGUGUACCGGCGCCGAACUCCUCUACUCGCCCUAUGCCAGCACCCGAGGAGGCCCCAGCAUCGCAACACAGGGGACAGGAAGGGGCCCGAGCUGAGGAGGCUGGUGAGGAUGCCGGGGGUAGAUCGAGGAGUAGAGGGAAUUGGCGAACAAGGAGGUUCGUCCAAGCUGCCGAGAGUGAAUCAGCUGUGGGCGAGGUUACUGAUAGGCCAGCUCCUGAUCGUGAUGAGAAGCGAAUGGUCAGUCGCCCACAAGGAAGCAUGCCGGAUGCUGUUGAUGCCGAUGUGGGAAUCCCGGCUGGAGACAGUCGUAGUCCUCAGACACAAGAGGGAGGAGCUCGCUCUGAUGGCAAGGCCCCGAAGGGACCACAUAUGGAGAAGUUGGAGGUGGGUAGAAGACAGAGGAAUACAGCAUAUAUGGAGAGCUUGCUAUUGCCAUCGAGAAUGCCUGGGGCACAGCCCAGUGAAUCCGGAGACGAUCCAUCGUACAUUAGUCAGUCCACGACCGCACAACAGGGGCAACAACACGAGUUGGCCUCCUAUGUUCGUACGGGUUCUGGACGGGUGGGCACUUCUGGUGCGGAUGAGCUUGCCAAUCAGGAUGAGCACCAGCAACAAGGGGGCUGGGCUGAUCAAAUGCGCGCUGAUGCUAUUGCCAGGACUAAGAAAGCUACCACGAUUUUAGCUCAACAGCAGUCGACUACACUGAGCGCUGCUCAUGACCCUGCUGCAAUCGAUGUCCCCACUAUGAAGGCAAGAUUCCAAUCGAUGAGCAGCAGGGCCUCUGUUAAUCCAGCAGGGAAGGAGAAAAGGAAAAGCGACCAUAAACGCCGUUCACAAACCCAAUCCGUCGAACAGAUCGAUGCAGCGAGCCAAACUGAGGUUCCUUAUAUGGCUAUGACCGGGGCCCCUGAUACGGCGAUGACCUUAGCUGCUGAUACAAUCAUGGCCGGGGCUCCUCAUACGACCAUGGCUGGGGCUCCUCAUACGAUCAUGAUCGGGGCUCCUCAUACGACCAUGGUCGGGGCUCCUCAUACGGCCAUGAUCGGGGCUCCUCAUACGACCAUGGCCGGGGCCCCUUACAGGACCGUGGAUGAGGACGCUUCCACGAGCAUGCCGAUCACCACAAUGGAAGCUGCUACGGUCAUGGCUCCGGCUCCCCAUGCGACCGUGGUUACCACGACGGAAGCUGCUGCGGCUACGGCCCAAGCGGGCCAUGAAGGAGCGCAUCAUUUGCCAGGCGAACAUAGCGAGGCAUCAGAGGAUUCUCAUACUGCAGGUCGUGAAGAUAAACACACACAAAUCCGGCACGAAUCGACCUCUCGGGAGGCGCAGACCGUUGGCAGUUUCCGCUCUACUCAAUGCCUCGCUUCACUCCAAGUUGAUGUUGCUCAGUUGCAGGCCAAGGCGGCUGCUGCUGCCGCGGUGAUGGCGGGCCGGACCGAAUCGGACUCUGGCAGCUCUACAGGCACAGCUGAUGGAGGAGAUAUGGGAGACUUCGCGGAAGAGCUCAUCAAUUGGUUGAAGUUCAACCUUCUACAAUAUCAACAUGCCCAACUUAUUCACAUGAAUGUCAGCAUAAUGUUGCUGCUCGCCUUUCAUCCUGUUUGA